AUGGUGGCAGCUCGUGCAGCACUUGCCCAGCAGGCGCAGAAGGCUAAUUCCGGGAUGGUGCGCCGGGGAGGCGUGCCGGUGCACGUCGCCGACGUCAGCUACCCUAUCUACCCGCCUAUGGCGGGCAACUUGGAACUGAGCAUCUACGUCGUGCUCCACCUUGUUUUCCUUGAGUGCUUUUGCGCGAUCACCUUCAACUCUGCGCUGCGCCAGCUCGCAUGCAUGAUGCGCGGGGCCGCGUUCGACCCAGAUCGGGCUGAACGGGCGCGCGUCGAGGAUGCAGAGCAGCGCGCGUCCCAGCGGCGGUCAGGGCCCCAGACAUUGCGGGCCGCCUACCCUGCGGCAUUACAGAUCCAGAAGAUGGGCCUGGGCAAGAAGUGCUUCACGACCUACGUCAAGUACGACUACGAGCUUCCCCCCUUCAGCCUGCGACGGGUGGCCAGGAUCGUGGAGUACCAGGGCCAGCAGACGUCCUACAGCGUCUUCGAGCUCUCCUGCGAGUGGAGGGCUAGCCGCGCGCACCGAGAGUCUUCCGGCUGGCGCCAUGGGGACCAGCCGAGACCGGGCCUGCGCGCCGCUGUGCGCAGGCUCGGCUUCGCUGCCCGGACUGGUCGCCGGCCGCUCAUGAGCGACGUGGCCAGUCUCGCUCGCGCCGCUGCUCAUGCCGAUCGCGAGCCUCAUCGUGCUGGUCGCGCUGGUGCGCCGGAGCUGGAGGCUGCGGCUGCGGGCGAGGCCGAGCCGCGUCCGCGAUCGGGCUCGCGCGUGCGGCUCGCCACCGAGGAGGACGAGAUCGUGCAGCAGGUGACGGCUGAGGCACAGGCCGCCGCCGCUGUCGUGUCCUUGACUGCCAGGUGCCAGGCGACGGCAUGCCGGAACGCGUGGCCCGGACGCCGCGCCGCCGCUGCGCGCGGUGCCAGUGAGGGUCAGCCGCGCGUCGACGAGGUGGUCGCCGCGCCCACGGCUGCUCCGCCUACGGCGAUGCAGAGGGUGCAGCGCGUGCAGCCUACCACGGGCAUCCAGGCGGCGGACGGCGCGGUCCGCCUCCUUAAGCAGCAGCUGUCCAGGGUCGAGGCCGUGCUGUACUGGAGGGAGAAGGCAGCCCCACACUCCCAGCAGGUGCAGGACUUCCGGUGGAGGGCGUGCGAGUUGCGGCGCCUGGUGGAUGAGGCCGUCGGGCGGCGGGCCGCGCUGGACUUUGGAGGCCCCCCCUGCGCCGCCGCUGUGCAGGACGCCGGCGCUCCGGGGGCGGCCGUGGGCGCCAGCGCCCAGGACGCCGCCCCUGUCUUCGCGGUCGCCGAGUCGGAGCGGCCCGCUGCUGGUCGCAGGAACCUCGAGGGGCUUCAGCCGGCGCCGCCCAGCGACGACGCCCCGGAUCCCGAGGUCCUGGCGCUCAUCGGCAACUGGAUCAGCAUGCAGAAGGACCUCAAGGUGUCACGGCGGCAUCCCCGUGAUAAGGUCGCCGACGCCAUCACCGCGGAGCCUCUCACCUACGAGAAGGUGGUGCUGCCGGACUCCUCGACGUUCGAGGGCCAGCUGCGCGGCGACGACCGGCACGGCUGGGGCAAGUUCACGUGGGACGACGGAGGCGCCUACGAGGGCCAGUUCGACGGCAACGACAUGCACGGCCAGGGCACCUACAGGUGGGCCGACGGCAGCAACUACGUCGGGGUCUGGACGCGGAACCAGAUGGGCCCCACCGGGACGAUGACGACCGACGGCCGGAAGUACAUGGGCGAGUUCCGCGACGGCCGCAAGCACGGCGAGGGCCGCAUCUUCUGGAGGGGACGGGCGCGGGGCCCGGGAUCUGGCCCGCCCGCCGGCCGCAGGCUUCGGCGUCACCGUCCACUCCACGGGCAAGGAGCGCAUGUCCCAGUGGCAGCACGGGGCCCUGGUGCGCUGGAUCGAGGACUCCGCCGAGUUCGAGCGGGGGAAGGAGGAGGUGGCGGAUGCCAGGAGCGGCUGCUGCAGGAAGCGGCGUGA